CCUGCUGCAACCGCCACUUUUACAUAAAGCACUUUUACAAUUGAAUGCAAUGGAUUUAAAGGACUUCAAGUAAAGACUAAGCUGAAACAAAAACUAAUAAAAUGUUUGUCGCUUGCAUUCAGCGGUGUCGAGGGUUAUUUUUUAGUUUUCAAGGAGAAUGUAACUGAAGAGGUGAAUGAAUGAAAAAAAAAAAUGGAUUUCCUUUUUCUUUUGCUGUGGACUUUACCUAUUCCAUUAGUCAGUACCAGAUCAAUGACGUUUCUGUCAGCCCUGUGGUUUGGGAAUGUUAUGAAGACUUUGCAGAUUUGUUGUUCCUAUUCUGUAUCGACAGUGACAGCUACAUUCACGAGUGACAACAGUGGACUGAAUUAUGAUUACGUGUUUGUAACACCUAUAGAAGUAGACUCAGAAGGAGCUUACAUUUCCCAUGAUAUUGUGGGAAGCAGCAGAAAGAGGAGGUCAUUGCAGUAUCCAAAGGACUCGCUGCACUACAGGCUGUCAGCAUUUGGACAAGAACUUAAUUUAGAUUUAAAGCCCUCCAAUGUGUUAGCAAAUGGGUUUGCUGUCCAGACACUUGGCAAAGACGGUGCAACCUCAUGGCAAGAGCCCACAGUUGAGGAUUGUUUUUAUCAGGGAUUUGUAAGAAACCACAGCAGUUCUUCGGCUGCGAUAUCAACAUGUAAAGGCCUGUCAGGUUUGAUAAGGAUACAUGGUGGUGAGUUCCUCAUUACACCGCUACCUCAGCGUCUGGCAGUGGAACACAACUACACCUCCCUCCCCGGGCAUCACCCACAUGUGCUGUACAAGCGAUCGGCUGAGCAUACCAUCCAUCACAGGCCAGCAGACAGCAGCUCAUACCAGGGGCACCAUUAUUUGCCCCACGACCACCUUCACAAGAGAGACUACCUGCAUGGGAAGUACCAGAGACAGCACUUCUGUGGACGGCGCAAGAAAUACACUCCUAAACCUCCUGUGGGGGACCUCCACACAAUGCCCGAUGAGUACGAGCAACAGAGCAGAGCCAAACGCUCUCCUCUCAACCCCCGCAAGCCAGCAGGGCUCAAUGUGGAGACCCUGGUGGUGGCUGACCGGAAAAUGGUGGAAAAACACGGCAAAGAGAACGUUACGACAUACGUCCUCACAGUCAUGAACAUGGUUUCCAGUCUGUUCAAAGACGGCACCAUUGGAAAAGAUAUCAGCAUUGUGGUUGUCAGUCUUCUUCUCCUGGAGCAAGAUCCAGUGGGCUUGUCAAUAAGCCACCAUGCAGACAUGUCCUUGAACAGCUUUUGCCAGUGGCAGUCUGGCCUGAAUGGGAAGAAUAGGAAGCGUCAUGACCACGCAGUGCUUCUCACUGGACUGGAUAUCUGCUCCUGGAAAAAUGAGCCUUGUGACACACUUGGUUUUGCUCCUAUAAGUGGGAUGUGCAGUAAACACCGAAGCUGUACUAUAAAUGAAGACACAGGGCUUGGCUUGGCUUUUACCAUUGCACAUGAAUCAGGGCACAAUUUUGGUAUGGUCCAUGACGGUGAGGGGAACGCAUGUAAGAAGGCUGAAGGGAACAUAAUGUCCCCGACCUUGGCUGGAAACAAUGGCGUCUUCUCUUGGUCUGCCUGUAGCCGCCAGUAUCUCAACAGGUUCCUCAGUACAGCUCAAGCUUCUUGUCUUGUUGAUGAUCCGAAGCAAGUUGGACAAUAUAGAUACCCGGACACGCUCCCAGGUCAGCUGUAUGAUGCUGACACACAGUGCAAAUGGCAGUUUGGCUCAAAGGCAAAGCUCUGCAAUCUGGACUUCGUAAAGGAUAUCUGUAAGUCACUCUGGUGCCAUAAAACAGGCCACAGGUGUGAAACUAAAUUUAUGCCAGCAGCAGAAGGGACCAUCUGUGGACAGAACAUGUGGUGUCGAAGAGGCCAGUGCGUGAAGUUUGGGGAUCAUGGGCCCAAAGCUAUCCACGGCCAGUGGUCCCAGUGGUCGCAGUGGUCUGAGUGCUCGAGAACCUGUGGAAGGGGAGUAACGUACCGCGAGAGACACUGCAAUAGCCCAAAGCCACAGUAUGGCGGGGAGUUCUGCCAAGGCUCCACUCGCUUAUACCAGCUGUGUAAUGUCAACGCCUGCCAGCCCAACAGCGUGGACUUCAGGGCACAGCAGUGUGCUGAAUACAACAGCAAGCCCUUCAGGGGCUGGUACUACAAAUGGAAACCCUACACAAAAGUAGAAGUGGAAGACAUUUGUAAACUGUAUUGCAUAGCAGAAGACUUUGAAUUCUUCUUUGCAAUGUCGAGCAAAGUUAAGGAUGGGACCUCCUGCUCUGAUCACAAGCACGAUGUGUGCAUUGAUGGGAUUUGUGAGCCAGUAGGAUGUGACCAGGUUCUGGGUUCAAAAGCUGCACUAGAUGCCUGUGGUGUGUGUAAAGGGGAUAACUCGACCUGCACGUUCUUUAAAGGGCAGUACCUCCAGCAGCACAGAGCUAAUGAGUAUUAUUCAGUAGUCACAAUUCCAGCAGGAGUCCACAGCAUUCGAGUGCAUGAGAUGGAAAUCUCCACCAGUUAUCUGGCGGUCCGUAGCUUGAAGAAGAAAUACUAUCUGACAGGAGACUGGACAGUUGAUUGGCCGGGACAAUUCCCCUUUGCUGGAACCGUGUUUGACUAUCAACGCUCCUUUAACCGUCCGGAAAGCCUGUAUGCGGCCGGUCCGACUAAUGAGACGCUGGUCUUUGAAAUACUUCUGCAAGGCAAGAACCCUGGCAUCGCCUGGGAAUACACCUUACCCAAGAGCCUGAACGACAGCAAGACCACUGCUAGGAGACACAACUACACCUGGGUGGCCAUCAGAUCAGAUUGCUCAGCCUCGUGUGCUGGAGGUCAAAUGUCAAUAAAGGCUGUUUGUCUACAAGACCAUUACACACAGGUCAACUCAUCCUCCUGCAAUCCACGCACUAGACCUACAAUAGGAACUAAUGUCUGCAACACUCAACCAUGCCCAGCUUUCUGGUCGGCAGGGGAAUGGAGCACAUGCAGUAAAUCCUGCGGACUGGGACAGCAGUCCCGUCAAAUCCAGUGUCUCCGGAAGGUGGCCUUCAAGCGGGAGGAGGUGGUGGCGCACUCUUUGUGUCCUGUGAUGACGCCCGCCCAGGUACAGCCCUGCAGCAACAAAGCAUGUCUGCCUGAGUGGAGAACAGGAGCCUGGUCUGAGUGUUCUAAGACUUGUGGGAGAGGUCUGAAGAAACGAGAUGUUUACUGCAGCAGCACCAAUCUGUCAAACAAGCCCAGCAUCCAUCCGGACAGCAUGUGCAGCCGAGAUCAGAAACCCAAAGCCCAAGAGACAUGUGUGCUGAGACGCUGCCCGAAAAAUGACAGACUGGAGUAUGUGACAUCAGCAUGGAGCGAGUGUUCAACAAGCUGUGGUCCAGGGGUUCAGAAAAGGGAACUGAAGUGUAGUGAGAAAGAAGCUUAUGACAAAUACAUUGAAUUCCCCCAGAGAAGAUGUCGCAACUUAAAGAAGCCCAUUGUGGAACUGGAGCAAGCCUGCGACAAGGGGUCCUGCUCAGGCCCAAGACCUGCUCCAGAAAGGACCAUCAGUAUGGUUGUGUCAGGAUGGUAUUCAUCCCCUUGGCAACAGUGCACAGUGUCUUGUGGAGGAGGGGUACAGACGCGGAGUGUGCAGUGUCUCAGGCAGGGCAGACCAUCAGGUGGAUGUCAGCAUCACCAGAGACCUACCACCUCCAGAGCCUGCAACACCAACUUCUGUCCGGCACCCAAGAGGAAAGAUGAUCCGUCCUGCAUUGACUUCUUCAGCUGGUGCCACCUGGUUCCCCAGCAUGGUGUGUGCAACCACAAAUUCUAUGGACAGCAGUGCUGCAAAUCAUGUACCAGGAAAACGCGGUAGCGAAUCAUAUUUAAUUCUACAUUCACACCAAACAUUCUCUUCUUUCAGUUUAGGGGUUUAUUCACUUGAAAACUGCAAAAGUGUGUGGAAACCUGUUGGAGAAGCAGUACAUGGUAGACUACAGCACACUUUUUCCUGUAGUACUUGACUGCUGCACCUUUCAAAACACUGCUCCAUGCAAAACUGGGUUCUAAAGGAAUGCUAUGGAGCGCUUGCAGUUCUACUGGUGCUUGCAUUUAUUAUAGUGACUCAUUGACCCCCCCC